UGACAGGGAGGGAGGACGUUAUCUUGACCCGCAUCCCCCUGGUUGGAAUAAAAAUUAUUAUCCAUCUACCUCACUUUAUCUACGGACGGCUACAACACGGCACCAAUAUGGGUGAAUGCUGUAUGUCGGCUGAAGAAUUGGAGAGAAAUAAGAUACAUCAGGAGAUUGAGAGACAGCUUCGCCGGGACAAGAGAGAAUCUCACCGCGAGAUAAAGUUGUUGCUUUUAGGGACUGGUGAGAGUGGGAAGAGCACCUUCAUCAAGCAGAUGAGGAUCAUCCAUGGGACGGGCUACUCCGAGGAGGACAAGCGAGGCUUCACCAAGCUGGUGUACGGGAACAUCGUCAUUGCUGUUCAGAAAAUGAUCCAAGCCAUGAAGACCCUACGGAUUGAUUUCAAAGAUCACCAGAACAUUAGCCAUGCAGACAAGCUGAGCAGGGUGGAGGCAGACAUAUUGACCAACCUGGAACCAUGGCAGGUGGAUGGCAUCAGAAGACUGUGGAGUGACCAGGGCAUGCAGAAGUGCUACGAGCGUAGGAGGGAGUACCAGCUCUCUGACUCUACCAAAUAUUACCUGAGUGACCUGGACAGAAUCGCUGCGCCCUCAUACCUCCCCACUCUGCAGGAUAUCCUCAGGGUCAGGGUCCCUACCACUGGCAUCAUAGAGUACCCCUUUGACCUCAAGACUGUCAUCUUCAGGAUGGUGGAUGUUGGAGGUCAAAGGUCAGAGAGGAGGAAGUGGAUCCACUGUUUUGAGAGGGUCACCUCCAUCAUCUUCCUGGUGGCUCUCAGCGAGUACGACCAGGUUCUCUAUGAGAGCGCCAAUGUGAAUCGAUUAGAGGAGAGCAAAGCCUUGUUUACAACCAUCGUCACCUAUCCCUGGUUCCAGGAGUCCUCCAUCAUCCUCUUCCUCAACAAAACAGACCUCCUAGCAGACAAGAUCUUACACUCCAACUUAGCAGACUACUUCUCAACGUUCACUGGUCCACAGAGAGAUGCAGAGUCUGCUAAGAUGUUCAUCCUGAACAUGUACAAAGAGCAGCACAUAGGGCGUCACAAAUCUCUGUACAACCACUUCACCUGUGCUACCGAUACAGAGAACAUCAGAGUUGUCUCCAAAGCUGUCAGGGACACAGUCUUCCAAGAAAACCUGGAUCGGUUUGGGUUAGGGGUUUAGGACUAGUGUGGUCACGGUUAUAUGCUACAAACAUGUUAUUUUAGUUUGGGGUUACAGUUUUGCUACAGAAUAGCUGUGGUCGUGAAUAACACACUUUCUUACUAUAGCAGGACUUCAGUACCAUUGUGAUUUACACUGCCGUUCAAAAGUUUGGGGUCACUUAGAAAUGUCCUUGUUUUUUAAAGAAAAGCACAUUUUUUGUCCAUUAAAAUAACAUACAAUUAUUGUGAAUCUAAUGUACUUGUCCUCUUGCUCAGAGUUGACAUCGAGAACUCUCCAUAGAGACUGGUGUUUUGCGGGUCAACAGUGAAGCGGCGACUCUGGGUUGCUGGCCUUCUAGGCAGAGUUGCAAAGAAAAAGCCAUAUCUCAGACUGGCCAAUAAAAAUACUAAAUUAAGAUGGGCAAAAGAACACAGACAUUGGACAGAGGAACUCCGAGAACUGCCUAGAAG